AUGAGAACGCAAAUUAUAACUCGUAUAUUUUCUGAAACAGGCAAGCAACUGAGCACAUCAAAUAACAGAUUUCAACCCAGGGUUGUCAAUCCAAAACAGAUGAUCAAGUUUUUGCACAGAGGGGGCAACUUUUCUCUGCAGUCGGAGGUUGCAGAUUAUAUACAAUCUUGCUUUAGUGUCAGUGAUGAUCCUGCCGCAUGGACUGUUACAAAUAAACAACGAAAACAUUUUGUGCAGCAUUCACCAAUUGAAACUACUAUUGAUAUUGAAUUCUCAUGGCUUUCAGAAUAUGAAGGCAGUGUUGAAUACCAAACAUCUAUGCUGGCAUAUUUAAACAGAACACGAAAGCUCGAAACGAUUGACUCACAAUUGAUGCAACAAUCUAUAUUGGAGGGAAGCUUUUGCUGUGAGCUACAAAAAGAUUCGGGAUACACUUCGUCAAUUGCAUCUGAUAUGUCUGAAUUGCCGUAA